AUGGCUCCCAGCAACCCUAGCGAGGCAUCGCCUCUGCUGCCCACCCAUGCACAAGAGACGCCGAGAAAGCCAUCCCGGUCGGUGACUUUCAAUCCCCAAGUGAUGGCAGCGAGCCCACCACGACGACGACCAGGCUUCCCAACCGGCUCAGCUCCACUCUCAGCGAACUCGAUAGGGCAGACUGCGCCCCGGGAUGGCUCACAGUCUACACUAUCGGCUCUCAACUCGAAGCUCCGAAGACGAAACAGUUCUGGAGCACCUCUGUCCAUAGUCCCACAAGUAUCCGCCAGCAAGAUCGGCCCGCAGAGAACGACGCGAACAGCGCAGAAGCUGAAGCUGCUCCCAAAUCCGGAUGUCGGCGAAGAAGGUCCGGAUGAGGAGAGUGGGAGGGAAGUCUACAGUCAGUUCACGCGCAUAAAAGAUCCAACAGCAAGACGAGACGCUGCACGGCUGGGCAAGGAUGAUCGAGCGAAGCUGCCGCGCGUGACCGCGCACUGCACGGCGGCGAGCUACAAAAUGGACGACCUCAUGCGCUUCUUGAAAGGACGAGCGAAGACGAAGAGUGCGGCACCUAAGCUGUUCGAUGAAUGCAUAUAUACACCCUAUCGAUAUAGGCAAGAAGGCAGUAGCGGCCGAAGAAGAAGUAGCGCAGCACAGGAGGCAGAAGAAGCAGAGGCUUUGGCGGCGGUAAGAAGCGAACCACAACGCCGCUUCUCGGACAGCGCGAUCGAAGUCGAGGAGAACGCCGAGCGACGACGAGAAGACCUCAUAGAUCUCCGAGACGAGAUAAGAAGCUCAAGUGAUAGCCCAUUUGGACCUACCUCGUCCCAACCAAACUCGAUGCCGAUCAGUACAGACGACACCAUGCUCGACCCCACCCACUCAUCCUCCACCACCGAUCUACCCUCCCAACAACUCCAACGCCCCGAAACUCCCGACUUCGACACCACGAUCCACAUCCCCGAGAUCUUCCUUUUCGAAUACGGCGUGGUAGUAACCUGGGGCCUCACCAUUAAAGAAGAACAGCGUUUCCUCAAAGAACUCUCCAAAUUCGAGCUCGAGAAGCUUGGGAAAGACGAUGUCCAGACGGAAGAGUUUAAUUUCUACUACACCCGCGAGUACCAGGCGAGGAUAUAUAAUGAUUUCAUCUCGUUGAAGGUGAAGAGGGAUUAUAUGACUAAACUCGCUAUCUCGCAUGCGUUGGCGCAGAGCACGAAGACAUCCCUCUACGAAGACCUCCUCGACGCCACCAUCUCCACCACCGCCUCCCUCCCCGGCGAAAUCGCCCGCACAGGCCGCGUGGGCCUCACACGCCGCGAAAUAAAUAUGCAGAUCGGCGAGCUCUUUAUCCUCCGUAUCAACAUCCAUUUGCAAGGAAGUGUGCUCGAUGCUCCGGAGCUCAUGUGGGCGGAACCGCAGCUCGAGCCGGUCUAUCAGGCUGUGAGGAGUUAUCUCGAAAUGGAUCAGAGGGUGGAGUUGAUGCAGGAGCGGGUGUCGGUGGUGGGGGAUUUGUUGGCGGUUUUGAAGGAUCAGUUGAGUCAUACGCAUGGCGAGUAUUUGGAGUGGAUCGUCAUUGUGCUUAUUGCUGCUGAGAUUCUGGUCGCGGCGAUUAAUAUUGUGGUGGAUCUGUACGCUGGAGAGUAA